CCAAGGAGGGGCGGUGGUAACAUCUUCUUCCUCCCUCUCUCUACCUAAUUGCAAAAGGAUUUCAAAAUGAAGGCACUGCUGUUGUCCCUCUUGGUGGGGUGUGCGUUGGGAGCCUCAGUCGAGCGACCGAGACGUCAGGUCUUCGGUAAUGCCAUUGACCUGCAGUCUUCCCAGGGUUAUCUGCCGCCACGACCUGGCCCCGACUGCCAGCCAUCCACCGUCUAUCGAACACAGACGCAGUACUCCACCCAAGUCGUCCCCUCCACCGUCUACAAUAACGACGUGCAGUACCUCACCCAGACCUCCGUCCGCACUCAGCAGGUCUACACCACUAUCUACUCCGAAGUCGUCCGCACGCAGCAAGUCCCGUCGGUGCAGUACCAGACAGUCACCGUCACUCGCACACAGGACAACGUGCGCACACAGGUCAUCACUCUCCCACCUCAGGUCAGCUAUGUGACCCGCACACAGCAGAGUGUCAGGACUGAAGUUCAGUACCAGACCAGAUACGAGACCCGUACUCAGCAGGUCCCCACCACCAUCACCAGAAACGUCGUGUCCACACAGGUGGUACCUCAGCAGGUGGUCAGCACUAUCUACCAGACACAGACGGUUACCAGGACGCAGCAGGUACCAGGUCAGACGCGUACUGUCGUCAGCACUCAGUACAGCACCCAGCAUUCCACUGUUGUCGUGCCCGCACAGGACGUCGUCAGGACGACGGAAGUGGUCAGGACCAACGUCGUCACGCAGACCAUCACUCAGCCCGGCCAGACCAACGUCGUCACCUCCACGCAGGUGGUCCCCGUAACCACAACCAUCUUCUCGCAGGUAGUUCUCACCAACACCCAGACUCAGUACGUGACACGCACACAGGUACAGCAGCAGGUGUCCACCGUCGUGCGCACGCAGCAGGUGCCGCAGUACAACACCAGGACUGUCACAGUGCCCCAGCAGGUGGUGAGGACCCAGGUGUCCACCCAGGUGGUUCCCACAACCAUCUACACCCAGCAGACAGUUCCUUCCGUCGUUAACCUCCCAGCCGAGACGCAGUACGUCACCGUCACACAGACGUCCGUCAUCACCCAGCAAGCUCCUGGUCAGACCCGCACCCAGUACGUGACCAGUACAGUGUACAACACCAACCAGGUGACGUCCACUGUGUUCAACCAGCAGUACAACACCGUGACAGCCACCAGCACCGUCCAGCCCAACUGCAACACCGGCUACAACUACCCUGAGCCAUCCCAGGCCUUCAAUGCAUUUGGAAAAUAGAAAGGAAACUCUUAAAACCUGACACUUUUUUGUUAGCACAUUGUGAUAGAGAAGACUAUAGGAGAACGGCGAGAACAAGAUAUAAAAAACAAUAUGAAAAUACUUCAAAAUGGAGCUGAAUAUAUUUAAUAA